AAGGAACAAGGAAUGUGAGUGAAUAUUUUAUGAUAAAUGUCAUCAGAGUAAAUGAGUGUGUAUGUUCAUUAUUAUUUUCUUUUGUGCCCACUAAAAGAAAAUAAUUUAUACCAACUCUUUUCCAAUAGAAUGAGGAAGUGUCACAACCCACGACUAUCCAUCAAAUCGGCCAUCAGUCAAGAGGGCACUGCUAAAGUCCCUGUUCAGAUGACAGCAACGAACACAUCCACAGCUACAUUCAAGGAAGUGCGCAAGGUCCCUCCCACCAUCAUCAAAGUGCAGGAGGAGAAGGCGCCACCAGUGGAGACCUCAGGCGACCCGGUGCUGAAGGGUUUCCAGCAAGAGAAGGCUGUGUUUGUGCCCCGCCAAAUGACCCGGUCACAACCUGACCAGAAGGACCGGGGUGAUAUUGCUGCAGGGAAACAGUUUGUUCCAGGAACCCUUGUAAACAUUGACUACUGGCAGGGAUAUGAUGCUGAUGAAAUGAUGCUGACUGGCUACCCAGUAAUAACAGCAUCCUCACAGCAUCCUCAGGUCCUGUGUUUCCGCUGUGGUUCUCUUGGCAAGGAACAGAAUGAGGAGUUCACAACCACCACGACUAUCCAUCAAAUACGACCAUCAGUCACGAGGCACUGCUAA